AAUGGUAAACUACCUUUUCUAGACUGCUUGGUAAGCCGUGACGACAAUUCACUACGGACAACAGUUUACAGGAGACCGACACAUACCGACAGAUUACUGGACGAGUCAUCCUACAACCCGACAUCACACAAAGCCACUACUAUCAGGACUCUUACCCGACGGGCGCAAUUAGUAUGUAAUACGACAGACAGCUUAUCCGACGAGAACAAGUACCUUAACCGUGUUUUUCAAAGAACAAUUACAACUUCAUCCAACGUAACACUCACAGACCUACUACUACUACCGAAGCUAACGACAAGGCAACUCCUACGACCACAGCUACUAUACCAUAUAUAA